AUGGCUAUAAGACAUUUCACCAAACGUCUUUUGUCUCAGCAACCCUCUCGAUUCUUUUCUACCCCCAAAGUCGAAAAGGCAGGCCGCACCGGCUUCAUCUCACAAGUAAUUGGAGCAGUCGUUGACGUGCAUUUUGACAAUGAGCUACCUCCAAUUCUGAAUGCUUUAGAAGUUCAAGGUCAUGAUCAUAGACUUGUCUUAGAAGUUGCUCAACAUUUAGGAGACCACAACGUCCGUUGCAUUGCUUUAGAUAGCACUGAUGGCUUAGUCAGAGGUCAGCCCGUUUUAGAUACAAAUGGCCCAAUUAUGGUUCCAGUCGGCCCAGAAACAUUAGGAAGAAUCAUAAAUGUUAUCGGAGAGCCAAUUGACGAAAGAGGCCCAAUCAAUGCUAAAAAGUACAUGCCUAUUCACAGAGAAGCCCCAACUUUCACUGAACAAGGCUCAGGAGCUGAAUUAUUGGUUACUGGAAUCAAAGUUGUCGAUUUGCUAGCUCCAUAUGCCAAAGGAGGCAAAGUAGGGCUUUUUGGAGGUGCAGGAGUCGGUAAAACUGUCUUGAUUAUGGAACUUAUUAACAACGUCGCCAAAGCGCACGGUGGCUACUCAGUGUUCGCAGGAGUCGGAGAAAGGACUCGUGAAGGAAAUGAUUUGUACAUGGAAAUGAUUGAGUCUGGAGUCAUCAGACUGAAAGAUGCAGGAAGCAAGGCAGCUUUGGUAUACGGACAAAUGAAUGAACCUCCUGGUGCAAGAGCUAGAGUUGGGCUGACUGGGCUUACAGUUGCAGAAUAUUUCAGAGAUGAAGAAAGACAAGAUGUGCUGCUUUUCAUUGACAACAUUUUCAGAUUCACACAAGCCUGUUCAGAAGUGUCUGCCUUACUUGGGCGUAUCCCAUCUGCUGUCGGGUAUCAGCCUACCUUAGCAACUGAUUUGGGAGUCUUACAAGAGCGUAUCACCACAACUCAGCAUGGGUCAAUUACUUCAGUCCAAGCCGUCUACGUCCCUGCUGAUGAUCUUACAGAUCCAGCCCCAGCCACCACUUUUGCUCACUUGGACGCUACAACUGUGCUGUCUCGUGCUUUGACUGAGUUAGGUAUCUACCCAGCCGUCGAUCCAUUAGAUUCUACCUCAAGAAUGAUGGAUCCUUCAAUUGUAGGAGAGAGACACUAUGAAGUCGCAAGAGGUGUACAAAAAUUGCUUCAGGAUUACAAGUCUUUACAAGAUAUCAUUGCUAUUUUGGGUAUGGAUGAGCUGUCAGAAGAUGAUAAACUUGUAGUCGCCAGAGCCAGAAAAGUCCAGAAGUUUUUGUCUCAGCCUUUCCAUGUGGCUGAAGUGUUCUCAGGAAAGCCAGGAAAGUUUGUUAGUCUGGAAGAAACCAUUACUGGGUUUGGAGCGCUCUUGGAAGGACAAGGAGACGAGUAUGCAGAAUCUGCGUUCUAUAUGGUUGGAAAUCUCAAUGAAGCCAUUGAAGCAGGCAAAAAACUUGCCACUGAAUUUGCGGCUAAAUAA